AUGGUCACCACAACCGCUUUAAACAGAGCUGACCUGCUACAGAAAAGGGGUCUUUACCCUCCUCCUCCUGGAGAGAGUGAGAUCUUGGGUCUGGAAGCCAGCGGCGUGAUCGCUGACAUCGGUCCUGGGGUCAAAGGGAGAUGGAUCCUGGGAAGUGAAGUAAUGGCUUUACUCGGAGGAGGAGGCUAUGCAGAAUAUGUAGCAGUUCCAGAAGAACACGUCAUGCCUGUCCCAUCACCCCUCACUCUUUAUCAAUCUGCAGCUCUUCCUGAGGCCUGGCUGACUGCCUACCAACUUCUGCACUUCAUAGCCAAAGUGAAGCAGAAUGAGACUGUAUUGAUUCAUGCUGGAGCGAGUGGAAUCGGCACUGCUGCCAUUCAGCUGGUUUGCUUGAGUCGUGCGAUUCCAGUAGUGACGGCAGGGAGUGCUGAAAAGCUAAAAUUUGCAGAGCAGAUGGGAGCAGCCGCAGGAAUCAAUUACAAAGAGGAGGAUUUUUCUGAAAAAGUACUGCAGUUCACUGAAGGCAAGGGAGCUGAUGUAAUUCUGGACUGUGUUGGUGGAUCUUUUUGGGAGAAGAACAUUUGCAGCCUUGCAGUAGAUGGACGAUGGGUGCUUUAUGGCAUGUUGGGAGGUAAAACAGCAGAUGGGGACUUGCUUGGCAAGCUUUUGAGGAAGAGAGGCCAUCUCCUUUGCAGUCUCCUCAGAUCAAGAAGUUUACAGUAUAAAGCAGAGCUGGUCCGGAGUUUCACGGAGCAGGUUUUGCCACACUUCCAGUCAACAGAUCCUCCCUUGCAGCCUGUGAUAGACAGCGUGUUCAACAUGGAGGAUGUUGAAAUGGCUCAUCAACGUAUGGAGGCCAACCAAAAUAUUGGAAAAAUCAUUCUUAAAAUUGGAAACUCUUGAUCAUAUUAUUAUUAUUGAAUAUAUGGAGUGAAAUCAUCGUUGUGCUUGUCACCAUUUACAAAAUCUAUUCAUGUUAAAUGUUUCAUAAAAAAAGAUUGCACAUAAAUAAAUACCUUGACGAAGUUUAUGAGAGGAAAACUGCAGCUUUAGGAUGAAAAGAUGUCUUUAUUUUCGACCGUUUUGCAGUUCAGAUUAAUGAGAUCAAAUGUUGUAAUCGGCUUAAAUCUUCAUAUCAUCUGUUUUCCUAAUUUUGUGCAUUACUUUAAACAGCUGUCUAAUUUAAUAUGUUUUUAUGAAUCAUGGCUUAUAAUAGUUGGGAAAAAAUCUAAAUGGUCUUACAAUUUGGCUACUAAUGAGGGCUAUUGUUUAUUUUUUAUAUUUCUAAUAAACAUUUUACAAUAA